AUGUUUACAGGACAGGAGAGAUGCUGUACUAAGCAUCCUCAUAAUUUAUCUACGUCAAAAAAUCCGAGUGUGACUAUAAUGGAAAAUUCGUUCGACUCAUUUGACUCAGGCCUAACUUACCUAUUAACUAUAGUAAUAUAUGGCGAUGAUUUGACCACACUUUCAGAAAAUCCACCGCUACUUUGCAUAAUACAAUCAAAAAUUUCUCAGUUAUUCUUUUAUCCUUUACAAAUAUAUCCUGCCGUAUUAUCUGUGUAUCUAUGGUUUGCAACAAUAAAGUUGAAUAUUCAAAUUGAACAAAUUUCUUUCUGGUGGCUUACGGGCUUCAUCUGGGGAUUAGCAAUUUUACGAAGCGUAGUUUCCUGGGUCAUCGAGUCGAAUGACCACCAUAAGUCAGGCGUCACCACCACCAAAUUUUUUUGUGCACAAGUUGAUUCCGAAGGAGUUUGGUUGAUUUACCUGAUACCAAUGAUCAUUUUAACCGUACUCUCCAUAAUAAUUGCAGUUCACUCGGGAAUAAUUCUUUGGGACCGGUGGAAACUUUUUUCAAAUAGACAGAAUCGUCGAACGGCAAUAAAACUCGGACAAUCAUUAAGAUUGGCGAUUUGUGGAUACUCCUAUGUUAUUGCACUAUUAAUAUCUUUAUUACCAUCGCUGAUAAGGAAAUUUCAAAGUGAUAUGCCAACGUCUGCUGGAUGGUCUAUCUCGGAUUUUUCUAGUUCUUUCAUCGGUAUAACUAUCUUCCUGAUCUUUGGAACAAAAAAGACUGCUGCCGUUUUCCUUCCCUUCUACUACGCCCCACCAGACGAUGAUUCAAGAUACCGACAGACCAUGAAAACCGGCUACCCUGAAUCCAACCCGAAUACAUAUCAAUUAGAAGCCUUCAAUACGGUUUUACGAUAUCCAUCACAAGGACUUGAACAGCAGAAAGUGACCGAUUUUUCGACUAUAGCUUUCUUUCCCCGUUCACAACCUGAAAGAGAAUUAACAAACGAACUAAACGUUGCUAUCACCAUGCCUGAUAGUCCUUUUAGUAGAUCUAGUUUUCGAACUGUGUCAAGUCAGAAAACAAUAUUAGAUGUUUUACCUUCACCCGUUUAG